AUGUUUUUACGUACCCAAGCUCGUUUCUUUCACGCUACUACCAAGAAGAUGGACUUCUCCAAAAUGUCCAUCGUUGGCCGUAUAGGUUCCGAAUUCACUGAGCAUACUUCUGCAAACAAUAAUCGUUAUUUGAAGUAUAGUAUUGCUUCACAGCCAAGAAGAGAUGGUCAAACCAAUUGGUACAAUGUUACUGUGUUUAACGAACCACAAAUCAAUUUUUUGACCGAAUACGUUAGAAAAGGCGCUUUAGUAUAUGUUGAAGCCGACGCUGCUAACUAUGUGUAUGAAAGAGAUGACGGUUCCAAGGGCACUACCUUGAGUUUAGUUCAAAAGGAUAUUAAUUUAUUGAGGAAUGGGAAGAAAAUAGAGGAUGCUGAGGAUCAGGAAAACACACAAUCUUCAGAGUAA